GAACAAUCUUUAUCAUUUAACAUUCUGUCAUCUGUUAAAAAGACUUUGACCCCUUGUUCUUGUUGUUUUUGUUUGUUUGCGCUCCCUGUUAUUGAUCAGAAACUGAGCCCUCCCCUUCAUGAUUUAACAUUACGAGGGUUUGGAGUCUGUUUUAGUAGUUGAUCGUCACCCGUGGCCACAGCAGUCCACAGAGACUCCAGGCAGUCGACAUGGUUCGGUGGAAGCUGCACAGCAUUUUGUUUCUCAUGCUUCUCUGCAAGUCACAUGGCCAGUUUCAAAAUUCAAGGAGAAUUCCCCUGCGUUUCAGAUUUGAGUCUUUCGACAGAUAUGUGGAUCGCCACAACUUAGGAAACCAAAAGAGCAGCAUUAAUUCUUCACCAAGGUUCACCCUCCUGGCUUCAGACCUGCUGAGGACAGACAGUCAGGAGAACAUUUACUUACAGGCCGACGGUCUGUCCAAACCCGUCACUGUCUCCGUCUCCAUCUGGGACAUCAGCAGAACUGCCCUGCUCCUCCUGGAAUCUGUCACACUCAAUCUAGAAAACAACUUUCAGGCUCUGAAGACUAUACAGCUUUCCUCAGAUAAUUUGAAUCGCGAUGAAAAAAACAACAAAUUUGUGUAUCUGAAAGUGAACUUUGACAGUUUCCACUCUGAGGAGAGAGUACUGAUGGUGUCCUUUCACUCUGGCUACCUCUUCAUCCAGACAGACAAGCCCAUCUACAACCAUGGAGAUACUGUUCGAUUUAGAGCCUUUGUGUCCUCUCCGUCCUUUAAGGCCUUUGACAGCUCCAUCACAAUAGACAUCCAGAAUCCAGAUGGUGUGGUGGUUAAACACAUCUCCAGGACCAAAACUCCUGACGGCGUCUUUGCGGACACGUUUCCUCUCUCUGAAAUCGUCAAUGAAGGAACGUGGAUUCUCACUGCAAAGUUUGACCACUGGCAGCAGAACACAUUCACCUCCCAGUUUGAGGUGAAGAAAUAUGUGCUGCCUGCCUUCAACGUUACCUUGAUGCCCAGAAAGUCCUUCCUCAGCCUGGAUGACAGUGAACUGGUGGUAGACAUCUCAGCCCGGUACCUGUAUGGGGAGCCGGUCCAGGGAAAGGCCUACGUUGUGUUUGGAGUAAAGGUCAACAAAGAGAUGAAUAGAUUACCGUCAGUGAAGCAGGUGUCAAAUCUGGAUGGGGGAACUGUCACACUGAGUAUGGAGGAGCUCAAGAGAGCUUAUCCCAACAUCAGAUCUUUGGUGGGCAACUCUGUGUAUGUCAAAGUUUCUGUGCUCACCAGCACAGGAAGUGAUCUGGUUGAGGCCGAAAAGACUGGGAUUAAAAUCGUAGAGUCUCCUUAUAUCGUAUUCUUCAAAGACAUGCCAAAGUACUUCAAACCAGGCCUGCCUUUGGACUUCACAAUCCAAGUGAGCCACCAUGAUGGCUCCCCGGCCCGCAACGUACCAGUCAAGCUGAAUUUGCUGGAGACACCGUUGGUCGUCUCCUCCGGCAUCGCCAGAGCCUCCAUCAACAUGCCCAGCGAUCAGCGUGCACAGACCAUCACUGCAGAGAGCACACAGGCUGGCCUCAGACCUGAGCAGCAGGCCAAACAACAAAUCACUGUUCAGCCCUACGUGACUUUCACCUCGCGACAAAGAAACUACUUGUACAUCUCCACAGGAACCAACACAGUGUCUGUAGGAGACAGACUGUCCCUGAAGCUCAGCAUAUCUCUUGCUGAGCAGACACAAAGAGAAUUUGUCAAACACAUCACCUACCUUGUGCUCAAUAAAGGCAAAAUCAUAACUGCUGAGCGCAUGAAUGUCACUGGCCAAGUGGUCACCAGUGUUGGACUGUCAGUCACACCAGAGAUGAUGCCAUCGUUUCGCUUUGUGGCAUUCUACAGUAUUCCCUGGCUUGCACUCGAAGAGGUGGUGUCAGACUCCAUCUGGAUAGAUGUGGCAGAUUCCUGUGUUGGAGGGCUCAAAGUCGGGCCAGUGGACGGCAUUCGCAGAGACUAUGCGCCUGGGAAGAGCUUCAGGUUUCAGAUCAGAGGUGACCCGGGUGCAAAAGUCAGCCUGGUGGCUGUGGACAACGCUAUGUAUCUUCUCAACAAGGACAGACUCACACAGAGGAAGGUUUGGGACGUGGUGGAGCACGGAGACAUUGGCUGCACCCAUGGGGGAGGCCGAGAUGCUAAGGGGGUGUUUUCAGAUGCAGGACUGCUUUACUCCUCCAGUACCGGGUUCAAAACUACAACCAGACAAACCCUGCAGUGUCCAGGCAGUACCAGAAGGAGACGCUCUGCUGAACUGUUGAAGCGUAAAGCUCAGCUGGAGAGCCUCUACAAGGAGAAGCUGCAGCAUCGCUGCUGUAAAGACGGCCUCAGGGAGAUCCCGAUGCCGUAUUCCUGCACGCGACGUUCCCUCUACAUCACUGAGGGCUGGGAAUGCAUCCGAGCUUUCCGAUACUGCUGCGCCACUUACAGGGACCAGGUGUUUGACACAGAGAUUCCCACCACCCCACCAACCACAACUGCAGCUCCCACCACCUCCUCUCAACCCUGGACUGUCAGUCAUACUUCCAGACGAGAGAAAAUAACGCUCUCCCGAUAUAACUUUGAUUGGGGACGUACACUUGGAGCAAUACCUGGACAACCAGGACCGCCAGGACUACCUGGACCUGAACUGUACAUGUAUACAAAUGUAAACAAAAUGGCAGAAGAGGACAUACUGUUGGGAAUGGCGAGAGAGGCAAUGGAGGAAGAAGAGGAGGAAGAAGAGUGGGAGUACCUGGAUGAGACUGAAGUGUAUCUGCGAUCCAAGUUCUAUGAGUCUUGGCUGUGGAUGGAUGAUGUUAACUUGCCCAGCCAGGCAGACAGCAAUGGGUUGGCGUCUAAGAACGUGGACACCAUCUUACCUGACAGCAUCACAGAGUGGGGAGUUCUGGCAGUCAGUUCAUCACCUCAGACAGGUUUCUGUGUUGCGGAGCCUUACAAUGUCAGAGCAUGGAAACGUUUCUUUGUGGACCUGAAACUGCCGCAUUCAGUGGCGAGGAACGAACAGGUGGAGAUCAAGGUUGUGGUCCAUAACUACGGCUAUGAUGACCUGCAUGUAAGGGUGGUGCUGAUGAAGACGGAAGGCAUGUGUAGCAUUGCUUUCAAGGACAGACACACACAGGAAGUGACCCUGAGGGCUGGUUCUUCGGUGGCGGUGCCUUACACUAUCGUACCGUUGGUGGUGGGGAAGCUUCCUCUGGAGGUAAUGGUGGCUGCCAGAGACAUGGUGGGAGGAGAUCGCAUCCAGAAAUUUCUGCGAGUGGUGUUGGAUGGAGUGCAGAAGACUGAAGUUUGGAGUGUAGUGUUGAACCCAUCUGUUGAGGGAGGAACACAGACAGUUCAUAGUGGCAAGCCUGAACUGGAGUCAGUUGUGCCAAACUCUGUGCCAGAGACAUUCAUCAAUGUCAGAGGCAGUGUGUUGGCAGACAGCAUUGAUAACUCAAUCAGCGAGGACUCUCUGGCGUCUCUGAUCCGAAUGCCUGGUGGCUGUGUGGAGCAGAACUUGGCCUCCAUCACUCUUCCACUCAUUUCCACCCUGUACCUGGACCGAAGCAACAGCUGGGAGAGUGUAGGAGUGCAACGCAAGGCUGAGGCUAUCCGAUACAUCAGGAGAGGCUAUGAGAACCAGCUGGCAUACAGAAGGAGUGAUGGCUCUUACCCGCCAUACAGGGGCACAGGAGCAAGCACAUGGAUCACAGCGUACGUGGUGAAGGUGUUCUCUAUGGCUCACUCCAUCAUCGGCAUCAACCAGCAACAAGUGUGUGACCCUCUGCUCUACCUGGUGAAGAAUAAAUUCCGGCAUAGAGAGAAAAUCUACGUAGAAGACAACCCCGUUUACAGCACGACCAUGACUGUAAGACACUUACACACGCACUCUAAAUACACCAUGUUUAGCUCUAGUCCUUGCUUCUUUUCCCAUGUAAAUUAUUGGAAUUCAUUGUUAUCCAAUCCUCUGUACCUUUUGUAUUCAAGGGCCAUAAACGUUAUGUUAAAUAGUAAAAACAGAAACAGCUGUGACAUCUGAGCCCUUUUUGUUGCUUGAUGACUUGAUAGUCACUUAAUCUUAAG